AUGAGACCUAUCGAUGUUACCUCCGCGAUCGUCGAUAAACUUUUAAAUACGGUAUACAGCAACGUAAAUAUUGCUGCACCAGCAAGAUUCAAAGUAGACGAUCCGGUACGCGUGAGUAAAUUUAAGACCAUCUUUGACAAAGAUUACACGCCAAAUUGGACGACCGAAGUGUUUAAAAUCGUUAAAGUACAGAAAACUAAUCCCGUGAUCUAUGUACUCGAAGAUUCGCGCGGAAAUUCCGUCGCCGGCAGAUUUUACGAAUACGAGUUACAUCACGUUGCUAAUCCCGACGUACAUCUCGUGGAAAAGGUGAUACGCAAAAAGGGUGACAAGGUUUAUGUGAAAUGGCUGGGAUUUGAUGCUACAUGCAACUCUUGGAUAGAUAUAAAUAAUAUAUUAUAA